AUGUCGUGGUAUUCGGGAAUCUACACCAAGGUUCGAAAUGUGCGUGACAAACGACCCGUCUUCGGCUACAUUCUCCACAUUCUACUGAAUCUACUGCUUUCGUUUCAGAUCAUUUUGUUCGCCUAUUGGUGAGUUUUCAUCGAUUUUUGUUGGAAUUUUAGUUUUAUAAUAUAAAACCCAUUAUUUUUGCAUCAAAGGUUUUCAAGGCAGGAUGAGUAGAAAAGAAAUGGUUGAUUAAAUAAUGGUAAAUUUAGGUAUAGUUUUUCAUUAUAAAAUAACGGUAGGGGAUAGCAAGAUAUGGUAGGGCAAGGUAUGGUAGGGUAUAGUGAGAUAGGUAGCGGCAAAAUUUUAAAGCGCGUCAUUAUUUUUAAUCAAAAGUUCAGAAAACGUUAAUACUGUACAAUUUCAGCGUAUACGUGUAUGUCUUUGUGCUAUGUGGGAAAAUGCUGACAAGUAACAUUCAAGCCUCGAUCUACCUCUUCGUGUUUGGAUCCUUGACCUUGAUGAUGGUAUGGUCAUUAGUACAGACGAUAUUCACGUCAGUCUCGCGAGUACCGGCCAUUUACUAUGUGGACGAGGCGACGGACAAGAAGUUGAAGGAAGUGACACCAUUCGCCAACGAUCGAUACGUGCCUGACAAGUCGAGUGCUACACAAAUUGAGGAUCAGAUCAAGAUUCUAGUGCAGGUGGUAGAGCAAAAACAUUUGUUGAUGGUCGAAACUGAUCAUUACGGGAGAGUAAGGUAGGUUUGUGUUUGGGUAAUAUAGUGUGAAAUUAGAUUUUUUUUUAUUUUAGGUAAGAUAAUAUUAAAAAUAGUUUUUUUUGCUUUUUAGGUAAAAUAAUAAUUGAAAAAUAGCUAUUUUUGAUAUUUAGAUAACAAAAUAUUUAAAAGUAUCAUAAAAAUUUGAGCACGAGCUCCAAACAUAAGUAAAGCACAAUUUUUUAAAAAUUAAUUACAUAAAUUAAACUAAUGUUUGGGUAGAAUUAACAAGGAAGUGACAAAUUAUUUAACAAUGUUUGUCUAUGUUACAAAAGUAAUUUAAUAAAUUUAGCUUUGUUAAAUAGUGUACGAAGCGUUUUACACGUAGGGCUGCAAAGAUAUUAAGCAUCAUGACGUUUUUCCUAAAUAACGUGAUUUAACUGCUAUUUUUAUAAAUGUUAUGGCAAAAAAAAUAAAAUUUUUACAAAAAUGACAAAAUUUUCUUAAAAUUUUUUUAUGUUGGAGUUGAGACUAGGAUUAAUGAAGAAGCUAUGUAGAACUGAAGCUAGGGUUGAGGCUGGAGCUGAAGCUAGGACUGAGGAUAGAGCUGAGGCUAAAACUGAAGCAAGCGCUGAGGCUAAAGCUGAAGCAGGGGUUGAAGCUAAAGCUGAAGCUAGGGCUGAAGCUAGGACUAACACUAGGGCUGAGGCUAGGGCAGAAGCUAGGGCUGAAGCUAAAUCUAAGGCUAAAGCUGAAGCUAGGGCUGAGGCUAAUUAAAAAAGUCUUGUCGUUUUUUGACAGUCAAAGCUAGGGCAAAAGACGACAAGACUUUUGCCUUUCUUAAGCAAAAAAGCUUUUCUGCAAAAAAUUUUAAAGUGUACUUUUUGUAGGUAUUGUUAUCAAUGUUCCUUGCUAAAACCGGACCGGUCACAUCACUGUAGUUCGUGCGGAUUCUGUGUUGUUAAGUACGAUCAUCACUGUCCUUGGAUCAACAAAUGUGUGUCACACAGCAAUUACAAGUUCUUCCUACUGUAUUUGUUCUACGGAUGUGCAUUGGUGAUAUGGUAAUUAAAUGAGGAAUGCGGAGAGAGUUGAAGGUGUAAAAGAUAGGAUAAUACUACUUUAUUUUUACUUUUAGGACCCUUGCAACCAGUCUAGAAGGUCUGAUACGAUACUUUGUGCAUCAGAAUUGGGCUGAAGAAGCGGGCUACUUUGUACAACUCUUGAUCUCGAUGAUAAUGUGCGCAGGAUUUGGCUACUACCCACUAGGCGAACUGUUGAUAUACCACUACGGUCUGAUAGCACUAAACGAAACAACAUGCGAACAGGCGAAACCACCCAUUAUACGGUAAGGGGCAUUACAUCACACUGUAGAAAUUUUUUAAAAAAAAAUUUAAAUUAAUAAAGGGAAUGCUAGGACUAGAGAUAAGGCCAGGCCUAAAGCUAGGGCUAAGGCAUUGGGCCUGUGCCAGGACUAGAGCUAGAGCGACCUCUAACCAUAGUCAAGGUAAAGCUUAGGAUACUGUAGAUAAAAACAAUUGCAAAAUUCAAUUUCAGAGGUGACUACAUGGCGGACUACAACUUUGGCCGAGCCUUCAACUUUCGGGCCGUCUUUGGUUGGGGGUUAUGGUUGUUUCCGGUGAAUACGACCACAAUCGAUGGACUCCACUUCCCAGUCCAUUACACAGACAACGCUUUACCGGCCGAAAAGAUUUGCGUUCGGCCGAUGGGCUCUAGUCUAACAGAUUAG